GAUUUUUCCUAACUAAUCACUCUAUCCAAAUCCUCUCAACUUACUUAACUCGGCCUCAAUCCUCUCUUCGUCUCUCCAUGUAAAAAGGUGAUCGGUUCCGCGCCGCCGCCUCCUCCAUUGCCGCCCCUAAAUCCACGCUCUCACCGGAGAGCACCCGCCGGCAAAUCCACGGGCUGCGGCAUCGAGCGGGCGGGGGAGAGAUGGCGCGGCCGGAGGAGAAGCUGCGCUGCACCAAGGAACCCUUCGUCGAGGACGUCGGCACCCGGAGGAUAAAGAGCAUGCGGUUCAGCAUGUUCUCCGGCAAGGAGAUACGGCAGUCCGCGGAGACGCAGGUCUGGAACAACCGGAUCUACGGCAACGACAUGAAGCCCGUGCCCAACGGAUUGCUCGACCCGCGGAUGGGAGCCGCAAACAAGUUUGGGGAGUGCGCGACUUGCCAUGGCUCAUACCACGAGUGCCCAGGCCAUUUUGGUUACCUCAAGCUCGUGCUACCGGUUUUCAAUGUCGGAUUCUUCAACAAUAUUCUGGAUGUGUUGAAGUCUAUCUGCAAGGGCUGCAGCAGGAUUCUCCUUCAUGAGAAAGAUCAGCGAGAGUUUCUGAAGAAGAUGAGAAAUCCUAGAUUAGAACCACUACACAAAGCCGCUCUAAUGAAAAAAGUAAGGGACAAAUGCAAGCUAUCGCGUUGCCCCUCAUGUGGAUACAUAAAUGGUGUAGCUAAGAAGGGCAGGCCAGGCUUGCUAAUUGUCCAUGAUUGUAGCAAAACUUUGGAUGGAAGUACAGAAGAACUCCGGUCUGCAUUAUCGCACAAGAAAGAAAAACUAUCCAUUAGUUCAGUUCACACAUUAGACCCUGCAACUGUUCUCUCUCUUUUCAAAAGAAUGACUGAUGAGGACUGUGAAUUGCUAAACCUUGGCGAUAGGCCUGAGAAACUUAUCAUUACAGAGAUUGCAGUGCCUCCUGUGCCUAUCCGUCCUUCUGUUUUUGUUGGUGGUGGCAGAAUGAGCAACGAAGAUGGUAUUACUUGCAUACUGAGGAAUAUUGUUAAUACAAAUUCCAUCCUUAAGGGGAUCCUUCAAAAUGGUGACCCGCUCAUGAAGUGCUUUGAUUGCUGGCAACUCCUUCAACUUCAAGUUGUUGAAUAUAUCAACAGUGAUGCCCCCUCUCUUACUGACCCACAAAAUCGUGGCCUUGUUCAACGACUCAAAGGGAAGACAGGCCGAUUUCGUGGGAACUUGUCUGGAAAACGUACGGAGUACACUGGAAGGACCGUCAUAUCUCCUGAUCCAAAUUUGAGAAUAACAGAGGUGGCUAUUCCUGUUCUGAUGGCUCGAGUCUUGACUUAUCCUGAAAGGGUUUCAUACUAUAACAUAGAGAAACUGCGUCAAUGUAUACGAAAUGGACCACACAAACACCCAGGAGCAAAUUUUGUAACACAACCUGAUGGAACAAAGCUGCACUUAAAGUACUGUGAUAGAAGGAUUGCUGCUCGGGAUUUGAAGUAUGGCUGUAUUGUCGAAAGACAUUUAGAAGAUGGAGACAUUGUCCUCUUCAAUCGACAACCAAGCUUGCAUAGAAUGUCAAUUAUGUCGCACAGGGCAAGGAUAAUGCCAUGGAGAACAUUAAGAUUUAAUGAGUCUGUAUGCAACCCUUACAAUGCUGAUUUUGAUGGAGAUGAGAUGAAUUUGCAUGUCCCCCAGACAGAGGAAGCUCGUACAGAAGCACUUAUGCUUAUGGGGGUUCAGAAUAAUUUAUGUACCCCUAAGAAUGGGGAAAUAUUGGUUGCUUCCACACAAGACUUUUUGACCUCUUCUUUUCUGAUCACAAGAAAAGAUAACUUCUAUGACAGGUCUUACUUUACUCUCUUGUGUUCGUAUCUUGGCGAUGCUAUGGAAAAUAUUGAUCUUCCAACUCCAGCCAUAAUUAAGCCUCUUGAGCUUUGGACUGGUAAACAAUUAUUCAGUGUGUUAGUACGCCCUAAUGCAUGUACAAAGGUGUAUCUGAAUCUCACAGUUGAAGAGAAAAUUUAUAUGAAACGUAGAGAACGUGAUAAAAAUGCGGUUUCAGUUUUGGAAGAGACAAUGUGUCCAAAUGAUGGUUAUGUCUACUUCCGAAACAGUGAACUUUUAUCUGGACAAGUCGGGAAGAAAACUUUAGGUAAUGGGAAUAAGGAUGGCAUGUUCUCUGUUCUUGUAAGAGAUUAUAAUUCUCAUGCUGCAGCAAGCUGUAUGAAUCGUUUGGCGAAGUUUAGUGCAAGAUUUAUAGGGAACCAUGGUUUCUCAAUUGGUGUAGAUGAUGUUCAACCAGGAGAAAGUCUAAAUCAAAAAAAGAAAAAAACAAUAGAUCAAGGGUAUACAGAAUGCCAUGAUCUUAUUGCCGUAUAUUCUAAAGGUGCACCUGGAGCUGAACUGCACCCUGGUUGCAACAGAGCUCAGACUUUGGAGGUUCGGGUAUCUGCUAUACUGAAUCAGUUAAGAGAAAAGGCUGGAGAGCAUUGUAUGAAUACACUUCACUGGAGGAACAGCCCAUUGAUCAUGUCUCAGUGCGGAUCUAAAGGUUCUCCAAUCAAUAUCAGUCAGAUGGUUGUAUGUGUUGGCCAACAAUCAGUUGGAGGACGUCGUGCCCCAGAUGGUUUUAUAGAUCGAACACUUCCCCACUUUCCUAUACAUUCAAAGACCCCUGCGGCGAAAGGUUUUGUUGCUAAUUCAUUCUAUACUGGUUUGACUGCUACCGAGUUUUUCUUCCAUACAAUGGGUGGACGAGAAGGUCUUGUUGACACAGCGGUCAAAACAGCAGAAACAGGAUAUAUGUCUAGAAGAUUAAUGAAGGGUUUGGAAGAUCUCUCAGUUUUCUAUGAUCAGACAGUCCGUAAUGCUAGCAGUGGGAUAGUUCAAUUUGUCUAUGGAGAUGAUGGCAUGGAUCCUGUAAAGAUGGAAGGAAAAGGUGGCAGUCCCUUAAAUUUGGACCAAUUGUUUAUGAAAGUCAAGGCCACAUGUCCUCAAAGGGGACAUGAUAUGUUAUCUCCGGAGGCAAUCAUGCAAAUGUUAAAUGAUAAGCUCUCUGAACAGGACAUGUCGUCUGGUGGUUGUAGUGAUAAGUUCAAGGAACUGUUAACAAAGUUCUUUGAGGAUCGUAUCAAAAUGCUAAGAAGCACAAGGAGAACGCUUCAUCUGGAUGAAGAUCAUGUGGGAAUGAAGGACUCCAGCAUUGAAGAACGCAUUGCUGCCAAUAUUUCUGGCAUAUCUGCAAAGCAACUGCAGGUAUUUUUGGAUACUUGUUUAUCUCGUUAUCACUCGAAAAUCAUCGAAGCAGGAGCGUCAAUUGGGGCGAUUGGGGCUCAGAGUAUUGGAGAGCCUGGGACCCAGAUGACUUUGAAAACCUUUCAUUUUGCAGGAGUAGCUAGCAUGAAUGUUACUCUUGGAGUUCCUCGCAUCAAGGAAAUCAUCAAUGCUGCUAAAAAUAUUAGCACGCCUAUUAUCACUGCAGAACUUUUGUCUGGGCAGGAUAUGUCAUUUGCAGUAAAAGUGAAACGUUAUGUCGAGAAAGUAGUGCUGGGUGAGGUGGCAGCAGUCAUAAAGAUUGUCUUGAAAUCAAGCCAGCCAAAUUUGGUUGUUAAGCUUGAUAUGCAACGGAUAGAAGCUCAGGGUUAUAUGGGAAUCUCUUCUGAUUCCGUGCAGCAGUCAAUAAUACGUCAUCCAAAAAUCAAGUUAAAAUCUGAGCAUGUUCGUGUCAUCGAUGGAGCCAAGUUGAGAAUAUAUCCAACUGGAACAGAUAAGUCCAAACUUCAGUUAGAGCUGCACACUCUCAAAUCCAUGCUUCCAAAAGUGAUUGUGAAGGGCAUUCCAACUGUUGAAAGAGCUGUUGUCAACCCUGUUAAAAGACCUGACAAAACUCUUGACAGAUACAACUUGUUGGUUGAAGGAACAAACCUCUUAAAGGUCUUGGGUACCCCAGGAGUUGAUGCUAAGAAAACGAAAAGUAACCACAUCAUGGAAGUGAACCAAACACUUGGGAUUGAAGCUGCAAGGAGAUCUAUUAUCGACGAGAUCCGGUAUACGUUCGAAAGUAACAACAUGAUCAUUGAUCAGAGACAUAUGAUGCUUCUAGCAGACCUCAUGACAUACAAGGGCGAAGUUCUCGGCAUCACUAGAUUCGGAAUCGUGAAGAUGAAAAGCAGUGUGCUGAUGCUAGCGUCAUUCGAGAAAACCCUGGAGCAUCUCUUCAACGCUUCUUACUCGGGUCGCGAGGACGAGAUAGAGGGAGUCAGCGAGUGCAUCAUCAUGGGCAUACCCAUGACCCUUGGCUCCGGUAUCCUCAAAGUCAGGCAAAGGCUGGAUCAUUUGCCAGAAUUCAACUACCAGCCCGAUGCAAUAAUUUCGUGAUGCAAAAAUGCAAAAUUCAUCUGAAGCUUGGGGGAUUCGACAUAGGAGUGCAGUAGCAAGAACAUAUAUAGACCGUCAAUGCAUAUAUACAUAUUAUGCCCUGGGACAAAUGCUCAGGCAGGAUACAGAUUAGGACACAUCUUAAUUAGCCGUGGAUUAAUUUUGUACGAAUGUUAGACUUGUGAUAUGAACCAGUUCAUUCAUCUAUCUAUGGUACAUGCAUGCAUGCAUGAUUGGUCCUGCUGUAGCCAUAGAAGAGCACGUACGAAUGAGAAGAGAAGACGCA